CCGCGGCGCGGGGCCCCAAGACCUGACCCGGGUCACAGGGAGGGCCAGCUCAUUCUGCCCACAACGUCAGCCACAUUAGCAACAUCUUCGAGUCCACGGGCACCAUGCAGCUCCUGGUGAAGGUGCCGUCUCUUCCGGAGCUGGGAGAGAUGGACUGCAACAUAUGCUACCGGCCCUUCAACCUCCGGGGCCGCGCUCCCCGCCGCCUGCCUGGAACGGCACGCGCCCGCUGCGGUCACACACUCUGCACCGCCUGCUUGCAGGAGCUGGUGGCGCGCGGUGACCGCAGCGGAGCGGCAGCGCGCGUGGUGCGCUUGCGUCGCGUCGUCACGUGCCCCUUCUGCCGUGCGCCCACCCCGCUCCCGCGUGGCGGGGUCACGGAGGUCGCUGUCGACCCAGAUUUGUGGUCGAGGUUGGAGGGAAAAGCGCGUGCGGAUCGUGAACCUGAUGAAGCAGGUAGCCUGGUAAGGGAAGGUGGCGAAGCCUACAGAGGAGAGGCCGAUGAUGAGGAAGAGGAGAGCAAGAAGGGGUCUAGGUCCAGGAGCAUGGGGUGGCUCACGGUCCGACGGCUCUGGGACAGGUUGCUGGCUCCAGCACGCCGCUGGCGGCGCCCGCUGCCUAGCAACGUGCUGUACUGUCCGGAGAUCAAAGACUUUGCCCACAUGACCCGCUGCACACAGUAACUCCGGGACCCGGAAGCUAAGGCAGAAGGAAAGUGGGAGCUGCAUUCUCAGGGCCUACAAGUGGCUGAUGCCAAGGCUACCCCCUCUCCCACCCAGGACUGGCACUGAUGAGGAAGUGGAGCCGAGGGCAGGAGGAAACGCCCCGGUAGGUGUCGAUGCUGAACUGGGGAGGCUCCUAGACGAAUUGCCCCCAUCUGCUGACUGUGCCAGCCUUACAUAUUCAGGAUGGAGUGGCCCAGGGAUGAUAAAACAGUCUGCAUUCCCGUGGGAAGAAUACAGAUUGUUUCCUUAGCUGUGAAGCCUUGGCUUUUGUCCAGGGCAGCUCUCAUGUGGGAGCAACAAGCCCCAUUUUAGCAAUUUCUGUGUCAACGGUUUGAAAAUUUCAGAAAGAUGGAGCAGGAGGAAAAGGCUGAUUUUCAGGUCAUGUUAAUCUCACUUCUCUACAGCAUAAGACAACUGAAAAAAAAAAUGAGCCCUUUGGUUCCCCACCCCUCUCUCCACCUUGGUGCUGGUAUGCCUACUGUCUCCUCACUCCCAGUAGUGUCCCUAAAAUUAUCAAGAUGCCACUGCCUUGCUUCAUUCCUCAAUCUCCCUUCAACCUGUUAGGGCAGGUAUCAGAAGAUCCAAAGAACAUUAAUCUGAGGCACCUAAUUAGGGCCUAUCAAGGACGGAAGGGAGACACUUGGUAAAACCAUCCGAUUUAAAACUUUUGAUAUUAUCUGUAUUUUUAUCGUCAGAGGGAAACACAAACACUACUGAAAAAAGAUGCCCAUUCAAUUUUGUAUCUAAUAGUUGCACUUAUAUUGUAUGCCAUGGAUUCUAUUUUUAAAAUCCCAUCAGUAUCUUAUAGUACAGUCAGUGUGAGCUUGUUGGAAGUACAAAAUCUCAGCAUUCCACUUCAGACUUACUGAAUCAGAACCUGCAUUUGAACAAGAAUCCCAGGUGAUGUGUGCACCUUAAAUAUUUAAGCAUUGGUCCACAUCCUAGGUACUCAAGGAUAUUACCAUCUAGGGUUGAAUAUUUAAAACACAAAUGGUAUUUAAUGUUAUUUACUAUUUUAAUUGGUUUUUAAGUGACAUAUUCUGUUGAAGAAAUCUUAAAUUCUUCAUGCAUAGUUGCAUUUUCCUCUGAAUUAAAAAUGUGAACUUAAGAAUAAGCCUUAAUUUUUGUAACCAUAUUUUGGCUUUUUCCUUGUCCUUAAGUCUCAGCUUAAAUGUUCCCUCUGAUGGGAGGUCUUUCUCAGCAUUCACUUUGGUGUUGCCCCUUCACUCACCCUCUAUAGCAUGCCUUGUUUUAUAUUCACUCCCUUUAUGUGUAUUUUGUUGGUGCCCCCAUCCCCCAAGCUAGAGUGUAAGCUUCAUGAGAACAAUGACUGAUUUGUGACUAUUGUAUCUCCAGGCUAAAAAGUGUUCAUGUAGUGUAUUCAAUAAAUGUUGUUGGAUUUAUCUUCAAUUCUCUUAACACUCAAAAAAUUGCUCUCUCUUAGCCUCUGAGCAGCCCUGGCAGUGAACA